AUGGAAAAAACUGAUUUCACAAUAGAAUAUGGAAUAAGUAAGACUCUUGUAAGAAUAAGAGUCCAUAAGCACCUGUAUGAAGAGGAAGAGGAAGUGAAGGGCGAUCACACCCACCAUCUGACAGGAUCUGACACCCCACAUAUAACCUCUGAAAAGAACGUCCGGACUCGGACCGUAAAGGGAGUCGGGUUGAAUCUGUCCGUGGGGAGAAUCCCGGGAAACGUCCACAGCAAGUACAUGCUCAUCGACGGAGAUAAAGUCAUGUUUGGAACGUACAGUUUCUCCUGGAGCUCUUCUCGAAUGGACAGAAACAUGAUCACGGUGAUGUCGGGGCAGGUGGUGGAUUUCUACGAUAACGAUUUCCGACAACUGUACGCCAUCUCAGACAAACUGGACCUCUUUAAGGAGUUUCACAUCAGUAAGCCCCAAAUGGGAACGCUGUCUCGGGCCGCGGUGCCCAAACGCCCCGCAGCGGCCACUUCUCGCUUCCAGGUCAAUCUCGGAGACGCGACGCGCGGAGAUCUGAAAGUGCCGGCACACAAAUACCACAAUCCCAAAUACCUGCUAGCGCUCGGACAGAUCCCGGGACCCACGGAGCCGCUGCAGGACUUCUUCAGUAAGAUGGAGCCGCCCGAUCCGGAGCCGGAGCCGGAGAAUCCCACGGAAGAGCUGGAGAACCUCACACCUGUUCCCUCUCAGCCCGAGAAGAAAGAGUCCAAGAAACUCAAAACACUGACUUUUAACACAAAGCGGUGGAAGAAAGGGAAGAAGGACCAGGCGAGCGACGCGGUUAUUGAAGAAAAGACAGCGAACCCUUCAGACGACGCUUCUAAACACACGCUCACCAGAGACGAGACGCAGGACAGCCUCAGAAAGAAGAAGAGAGGAUUCAGGUGCCUUUUUAAAAAAAGCUAAAUCACAGUUUUUUAAUCACAGCCCUUUAAAUGAGCCACUAAAGCCUGUUAACCCUCAUUGAGACGUGUUUACAGAACACCUGAUUCCUGAGUGUGCAUGUGAUGCGAUCGAUGUGAAAACUCAGCGAUAGUGAAGCCUUCUAAUGAUGCACGACGCUUGAGAAAGAAACCAAGCGAUGUCUAAAUUACAUUAAAGGGGAAGUUCAGGGGUGAAACUGUGUUUCUGAAAUCCAUCAUUCUGGGAACGUGUGCAAAAGGGAAAAAUGGUGCAUAAAGAGACUUUUUAAAAAAAGGGGUUUUGUAUCGUGGGUGA